CCCGCUGUAUGUGCAGUAAACACAUAACAGGUUAGUUGAAUCUACAGAACAGCAUCUCAGUGACCCUGUCCCUGUUUACCAUCUGUUCUGAGACACAGACAUGGAUCCUUAUCAGAACCAGAGAGACUCCAGGAACCAGCAGAACCCCGGGAGAACCACCACACCUGGAACACCUGGAACAUCUGGGGGUGAUCAGACACCUGUGGACCCCGGAAGAGAGGACCCUGAAGCCCGGAACACACCCGCGAACAACCGGGAGCCUCAAUACUCAGUUGGGUUUACGAUGAUCCCGCCCAAUGAAUCCCGACGAAGCAAGACUCAAAUGAUGGCUCAGAAAGAACUGGAGGAGCUUCAGAAGUGGAAAGAGGAAAAUAAACCCAAACCUGUGCAGCCCGUCUCAGAGAAGCUGGGUGGGAACGCAACAUUGUCUGCAGUCAGGGAGAAGCAGCAUUUAGAAUUACAUCACGCCAAACUGCAGAAGAAGCUGAAACAGCAGGAGGCGGACAAGAAGAAGAGGCAAGAGGAGGACGAGGAGAACCAGAAGAUGAAAGAUAAACAGCGGGAGAGGGCGGAGCUUUUGGAAGAGAGGCGGCGUCAGGAGGAUCAGAGGAGGAGGGAUCAGCACAGGCCGGAUCACAUCAGGAAGACUGAGAGUUUUCUGCAGAGGUUCGACAGGUCGGUGCCGAGUUCCCUGGUGUCAGGCGGUGCUGCACACACUCCAUCUCAGAGCGAGGCUGCGUCAGGAAGCGUGAGAGACGUGCAGCGGGAUCACAGGAGGGUGAACACAGCCUUCCUGGACACACUGGAGGGUCGAGGCAAGGAGACAAAGGAGGAAACAAAGAGUCCCUUCUCAGCUUCUGAAGACUUGAAUUACCCGUCUCACCUGAACCCAGAGCCAGAGCACAGCUACUUGGAGUGGAGCGAGGAAGCUGAGCCUGAUUUGAAGAGACUGAUGGAGAGCUUUCCAGGAUACAGCUCUGACUUCCUGGAGGACAUAUUGGUUCAGUGCAACAGGGACU